CAAACUACCUGCUUAUUCUUGGGCAGUUUCACUUUGACGCUCGCAGACACGGCAAGAUGAAAACGUAAAUGCCAGCUGUUCAUUGCCCUACUGACCCAAAUUAGAUAUUCAGCUAUGCAUUGCCUCCUGAACUUGUAGUAGGUAGUUGUUAUCGGAUGUGUGUCCCUGUUUAAAGUCAUACUUUCACGUAGCAGCUAGUCCAUUGUAAGGAGUGCUUCUCUCAUGAAGUGAAACUAAAAUGCUGAUGUUAAUAGGAUAUUGUUUGUUAUUGUCCGCCUUUGGUUGGGUGAUUUUCUGGUACAUUAAUCUCAUUCGCACACCUGCUGACUUCCCGCCAGGCCCACCUGGAGUUCUAAGUUUCCUUACUCUUCGUAUGCAAAAUGAACCUUUUUUGUCUAAGGCAAUCCACAAGCUAUCGAAACAGUACGGCCCUGUAAUUGGUUUAAUCCUACUUCACAGGAAAUUCAUUUGCAUUUCUGGUCGCCAGGCAGCAAUUGAUGCUUUAAACAAUCCAUUGCUUUUGGGGAGACCAAAGUCUUUUGAUUUUAGCCUUCGUACCAAGGGACUAUGUCGAGGUGUGUUGAUGACAGACGGUGAAUUGUGGAAAGAGCAAAGGCGAUAUACAGUCAAACAUUUGAAGGAUGUUGGAAUCGGAAAAUCUUUUCACGAAGGGACAAUUUUGGAUGAAAUUACCCAUCUUGUAUCCGAAAUUAAAAACAUUGUGGAUUCGUCAAACAGCGGAAACAUCAAACUGGAAAACCUAUUCACCACUGCAGUCCUUAACAUCUUGUGGAUUAUGGUUGCGGGUACCCGGUUCCAGCGAGGAGACCCAAAAAUGAGAAAACUUGCGUCUUGUGUGAACGGUUUUAUGCGUUUCAGUGACGGCGGUCCAACAGUGUUGAGUUUUAUGCCACCGUUACGUUUCAUUUUUCCUGGGCUAAGUGGUUACAACAGGUUGAUGGGAUUCAUUGCACCUGUACGAUCCUACGUCAAAGAGGAAAUUGCAGAACAUAGGAAAAGUCGUCAACCCGAUUCACCGAGAGAUUUUAUUGAUCUUUACUUGGAAAAAUUGGAUGACAACAAAUCGUCUAAAAAUUCAACUUUUGAUGAGGAACAGCUGUUGGGUACGAUUUUCGACAUCUUUGUCGCUGGUUCAGAAACAACCAGUCACACUCUUGGAUUUGCUUUGCUCUUUAUGAUAUUGCAUCCUGAAAUUCAGACCAAAGUACAACAAGAGAUAGAUGAAGUUCUUCAGGGAAACCAACCUUCUUUAGCAGACAGGAGAAGAUUACCGUAUACAGAAGCUACCCUUCAAGAAAUUCAGAGACUCGGUCUCGUUGCACCUCUUACUGUACCCCACGUUGCCCAAAAGAACACGAAAUGCCAAGGGUACGCCAUACCCGAGGGUAGUGUGGUAUUUAUCAAUCUUUGGGCCAUAAACAACGACCCUGAUAUUUGGCCUGAACCGACCAAAUUUCUACCAGAAAGGCAUUUGGAUACUGCAGGGAAUUACGUCAAAUCAGAGUUGAUGUUCAACUUUGGCCUAGGUAAACGAAGCUGCAUAGGCGAAACUCUGGCGAGGUGCUCACUUUUCCUUUUCUUCACGUGCAUCAUGCAACACUUUCGAUUUGAGUCUCCAAAUAUUAACGACGAAUUCCUCGUUGAUGAAGCAUUACGACCUUCACUUGAACCCAUUCCUGGCCUGUCUUUGGCUCCUCGUCCUUGCAUUGCACGCGUGUCCAAAAGAUUCGGCUAUUGAUGCUUCGUUGCUGGGCGAAGAACAACAGAAAUGCCCAUUAUAACGCCAGUCAGAUUUUUCGAUAUCCUCCCGCACACGACAAACAAGCAAACGGUAUAGCACAUUUGCCAUCAGUUCUAAUUUGUAAUAUAUUCUCGGCAGUCCUACUACAACCAACUCAUCUAAUCAACGCUUUAACAAUCGCAAAUUGCUGUAAUAAAAC